GUUUUUUUCACUUUUCUGUGUGCAUCUCAGAGAUUUCUAUCAACAAUAAUGGUGUCGAUGAGAAUAGCAUAGUCGUUUCUACUCAAACAUAAUCCACUUGUAUAUACUUUAUUCGCCAAAUUCUUUGUUGUUUCAAUAGAGCUUUACGAUUCAAACAUCCUUAUUGCAUCUUUUUUUUUUGUCUAUGACUCUUAUAAGAUGACCUUUCCUUCUGUUUUGCAAAGAGGUGAUGAUUUUCUUAAACAGUAUCCUAGAAGAAAUCGAUGGUGGAACUAUCUCAGUCAAUUUACCUGUUUCACCAUUAUAUCUGCCUCAAAACUCUUUGUUUAUACUGUAUAUAAACCCCAAAUCCAGGGCUUGAACAAUUUAACUGAUGCUCUCAAUAAAGCAAGGAGAGAAAAUCGAGCUUUGCUAACUGUGAUGAACCAUAUGUCUGUUGUGGACGAUCCACUUCUUUGGGGUGUUUUACCUAUGAAGUUUUAUUUUGAUAUUGAUAAUAUCAGAUGGGGAUUGGGUGCAAGCAAUGUUUGUUUUAAAAAUCCUACAUUGAAUUAUUUUUUUAGUUUUGGAAAAAUUUUAAGCACUGAAAGAUUUGGAGUUGGUCCAUUCCAAGGUUCCGUCGACGCUGCCAUAAGAAUAUUAUCUCCAGAUGAUAGUGUGCCUGAACCCUUUAAUAAACAGGAAAAUUUACCAAUAAACAGAAAGAAAACCUCCUGGCUUCAUAUUUUUCCCGAAGGAUUUGUAUUACAAUUAGAACCUCCUCACCACAAUUCAAUGAGAUAUUUUAGAUGGGGUAUUUCAAGAUUAGUAUUAGAAUCUGUUAAACCACCAGUAAUUUUGCCUAUAUUUUCCACAGGUUUUGAAAAAAUCGCUCCAGAAGAUGCAGCAGAGUCUGCAAUUAAAAGAUAUUUGCCACGAAAUUUUAGGAAUGAAAUAAAUAUUGUAAUUGGAAAGCCAAUAGAUGAUUCAACAAUUCUUAAAUAUCGUGAAAAAUGGGAAAACUUAGUCGAAAGUGAAGAAAAAAAAUUAAACGCAAAAUUAACUGACUUUACAGAAAACUUGAAAAAUGGUUCAGAGGCUAAAGAUUUAAGAAGUGAUUUAGCUGCUUAUGUUAGAUCCUCUGUGUUGAACAUUAGAGACACUUUUUAUUCACAUUUACCUCAGGAAGACCAAAGAAUGAAAGACCCGGGUUUUUGGAAAAGGUUCACAUUAUCUGAAGGUAAAAGCGAUCCUGAUAUCAUCUUCAUAGGUAAAAAUUGGGCCAUCAAGAGAUUCCAAAAAUUCCUACACGACGAUUUUGAUAAACAAGUCAAGGAAAAAGAACUGCAACUAACCAAAAUCGACCUUGAGAAGGCUAAAUUCGAAUUAGAAAAAGCAAAAAUAGAACUUGAAAACCAAGGUAGACAAAAAAUAGAAGAACUAAAAGAGAAUUUUAAUGAAACGACCAAAAAUCAUACAAAUUCUAACCACUGAAAGUCAACUUUCCAUAAUUACUAGUAUGAUUUUUCUUUUAUUUUAAUUUUAAUUUUAAUUUAUUUUCACUUUCACUUUCACUUUCAUUCCUUUUGUUAUUUCUCUAUCUGUAAUUUUUCCCGUAAUUUGCUUAGGAUCUCAACCAGGGUCCAAGUGCAUCCACCAGUGGUUAAAGUUACUCAACAUCUACCAAAUAACAAGCUCAAACUUUUCCAAUUGAUAUCAAUCAUUGUCUCAACAUUGACUAUAUCAAUAUUUUACCAAUCAACCAUCUGCUGUAUUGCUUACCC